ACAGAGGAAUAUCUGACGCAAAAAAAAAAAAACAGAUCAUGGAGGUGACAUCUCAACCGUCGGCGUUUCAUCCCCAAGAAUUUCACUCAGGCUUGAUGAGCUGCUGUGAUGACGUGGGCGUAUGUUGUUGUGGCCUUUUCUGUCUCCCGUGUAUGGGCUGUUCCAUCGCCAGUGACAUGAACGAGUGCUGCUUGUGCGGUUUAGGCAUGCCGAUGAGGAGUGUAUACAGAACUAAAUACAACAUAGAGGGAUCCAUGUGCAAUGACUGGGCUGCCACUACCUUCUGCUUUACCUGUGCGGCCUGUCAGCUUAAGAGAGACAUCGACAUUAGAAAGAGUAACGGCACGCUGAAAUUAUGAAAACUGGAAAAGAGCACUACAAUUUUUAACUAAUAAGUACUUAAAUGCUGCUCUAGAAAAUAUGAGAUCAAAGAAAGAUGAAGGGGUCAGUCAUUUGAUAAGUAAGGAAGAGUUUAAUUCAGCUAAGUAAAAUACAUUGUACAGUAUUUGUGCAUGCAGUUCGUAAUUUUCCUAUUUGGAAACUGUUCAUUCAAAGUUAUAUUGUCAUUAUUAUUUAAAUGUACUUUAAAUAAAUUUUCACAUUUUCCAAGAAGUGUAUAGCAUUGCAGAGUUGCAGUGUGUUAUGUCUGUGCAUUGUCUGUUAACAUUUUGACACGUUUUUUUUUUUUUUUUGCUAAACUCUUCCAAUCUCAGUCCCUGCUUCAUCAGGGGUCGACAGUAGAAUGAACCACCCAUCACUCAAUCUAACUAAUAAAUAUUUCAUGAAUGUGA